AAAUUACAGUAAUUUUAAAAUCAAGUUUGCAUCUGUAUCUUCAAAUGUUUGUAAGUAAGUUCCUACAUAUUCUUCCACUUUGCGGCCAUACAAACACUCGACAGUGCAGUUUCUGAUUCAAACCGCGAAAUGGGAACCAUUUCAAACCUAACCAACACUUUCCCACUCCACAUUCGAAAAUUCAAAUUCCCAUCAUCUUCUUCAUCUUCAUCGUAUCGUUUUCCUCUCUCUACUCUCUCAUGUUCCACUCCAGAACCAGAAUCCAACACCACAACUUCAAUUUCCCAAACCCCUAAUUCCAAUGCCACUUCCUAUUUCCCCAAACGCGGCCAAACCCUCGAAUUGCUCUGCGAAUCCCUAGCAUUCAAAGGCAAAGGUCUAUGCAAAGUCACCGAUACCGGUUUUGUUGUCAUGUGCGACCGUGCACUUCCCGGCGAACGCUUCAUUGGACGUAUUACUCGGAAAAAGGGUAAUUACGCUGAAGCAGCUAAGCUUCAAACUUUAACUCCUCCUUUUGACACCGUAGAUGCACCUUGUGUCUACGUUCCUCAUUGUGGUGGUUGCAAGACGCAGAAUUUGGCUUAUCAUGCUCAGGUUAAAGCUAAAGAGGAACAGGUUCGCGAAUUAAUCAUACAUGUUGGAAGGUUUUCUCAAAAAGAAUUGGAAUUGCAUGGGAUUAUGAAGCCUAUUGUUCCCUGUGAUAUUCAAUUUAAUUAUAGAAACAAGAUGGAAUUCUCAUUUGGUCCUUAUAAAUGGUUGCCUAAAGAGUCGAUGCACGAAAGAAAUGAUGAUGGUGGAAGUGAAAAUUAUGCACUUGGAUUGCAUGUUCCCGGUUAUUUUGAUAAGAUUAUAAAUGUCGACAAAUGCUUACUCCAAACUGAUCCUGCUAAUAAGGUUCUUGCAGCUAUCCAAGAGUGUUGGAGGGAUCCACAACUUGGUUUCUCUCCCUACAAUGUUCAUUCACACGUAGGAUUUCUUAAGCAUUUGAUGCUGAGAAGUGGAAGGGAUGUAAUGACCGGUCUGCCUGAAAUAAUGGUCAACUUUGUGACAUCUUCCUACAAGCCCGAGCUGCUGAAGGUCUUAGUUGAUAAAGUUUCUGCAUUUCCUGAAGUGGUAAGCAUCAUGAAUAAUGUGAAUACUUCAGUUGGUAACACAUCUGUUGGAGAGGAGGAAUACACUUUGCAUGGGAAAUCUAGCAUUACAGAGACUUUAAGAGGGCUUACCUUCCAAAUAUCAGCAAACUCUUUCUUCCAAACAAAUACUCAUCAGGCAGAAGUGUUGUAUAAACUGAUAGAAGAAUGUGCUGGCAUCAAAGGAGAUGGUUCUGAAAUUGUCCUUGACCUGUUUUGUGGAACUGGCACCAUAGGUCUUACACUUGCCAGAAGUGCAAAGCAUGUUUAUGGCUAUGAAGUAGUUCCUCAAGCCAUUGCAGAUGCCCGACUUAAUGCGGAGUUAAAUGGCAUACAAAAUGCAACAUUUGUUCAGGGGGAUCUCAAUAAAAUUGAUGAGAAUUUCGGGAAGAAUUUUCCUAAACCGGACAUUGUUAUUUCAGAUCCCAACCGCCCAGGGAUGCACAUGAAGUUGAUUAAAUUCCUGCUAAAUCUUAAGGCGCCUCGAAUAGUUUAUGUAUCAUGCAAUCCUGCCACAUGUGCACGGGACCUUGAUUAUCUCUGUCAUGGUGUGGCAGAGCUGAAUAUAAAAGGGUGUUACAAGCUAAUAAGCCUACAGCCAGUUGACAUGUUUCCACACACACCUCAUAUUGAGUGUGUUUGCCUGCUGGAGCUUUGUUGAUCUGUGAUCCUUUACACCUUUCCAUUUCAAGGAGAUAACAAGCUUGGUACUAGUUAUAGGUCAAGGUUGGGUCUUCAAGGUGAAAAGUGGGGAAAACAUACUUUCACGAUGCAAGAGCCCAUAAAGGUUGGAUUAAUUCUCAACCUCCAAAUUUGGAUUACUAUCCCACUUCUCGUGAAUUGCCCAUCACGGUUUAUUCAUAAUUGAAGAAGGUUGAGGUGCAAGUGCAUGAAAAUCAGAUGUUUGGUCAUAUGAAUAAACAAUGUUCAUUGUGAAUAUAUCAUAUAUAUUCAGUAUGAAAUAUCAUAUUCUGUUCUUUACAUCUUUCUUUGUAAUGUUUUCUAGACUAAUAAGUGUUGUCGGGUAAGAGAAUAAACAGUAUGGACUGGUGUAAGCUUUUAAUUAAUUAAUUAAUUUGGAAUGACAUAUUCAUAUUUUA